AUGGCAGGCGUUAAUGCAACCGUCAAUUUUCUGCUCGCAGCCAUUGCAGCAGUCGAAAUCUGGCAAUUCUUUUUCCGAGAACUCCAGCAGAAUCCAGGUGUAUCAUUCUGGUCCCAGUUUCGGGACAUAAGUGGCAGUGUGCGAGUUCGUUGGGCGUUACCGACAGUCGUGAUAAGUGGUCUUUUGCUUCUUGCUGGGGAUGCUUCGAUUGUGAAAGCAUAUUAUCUCAAAUCCAACGACGAUAAAUCGGGCUUUUACAGUAUGGUCGAUAUCAUCCUCUGGAUAAAAAUCGAAAACAGCAGCAUCCUCAUUGCCUCAUGCGCCCACACAGCCCGCCUCCUACGAGUCCUCAUUAACUACUACCGCGAAGGCCGCUACACAGGCUACUUAUCAGACAACGACCGCGCAAUGGAAAUGCGCCAUUGCCGGGACAAAUCCGUCAGCACGGUAGACAGCGACUACAUUCUCAACGACAUGGGUUAUUACCGACAGUCAUUUUUCGGACAGUCAUUCCCUCGGAGAUAUGAGAGUCAGGCGUGUAGGGCGACGCCGCCGACACAUGUUCUAAAUGAUUGUGUCACGGUAGUUACUGAUUUUAUUGUGGAAAUUAAUAAGAGGCAGUCGAGGGCUUUGCAUUCGUCUGGGGGUCAGUUCCGGCCUGAGAGGAAGUGUUUCAAGGAUGAGGAAGCGAGGGUGGAACGGUAUAUGUAG